UUACAAGGUACUCCUCUUGGAUUUUAUCUUACACGCCAUUUGGGAUGCUGCAAUUAUGGCUAUUUGGUUGCACUUUCACUUGGCUAAUUUUGGUCCAUCCUCGAUUGAAAACAAUAUAGUUUUCAAGCUUUAGAUUAUAGGAAACAUGUCUCCAUUCAUUUUUGAAGGACGGGAAGUGCUCAUUUGGAUUAAACCAUGGUGACGCUUCUGAGAUAGACGAGUAGAAGCUAUCAAAUGACAGGUAAAGUGACUGAGUGUAAUUUGUAGUCUACGACUGCUUGAUUUGGAGCCUACUCCGGAGGGGUUUUAAUUUAUAUUGCCAUCUCCAAGCUGUUCAUGCAUUCUUUAGCUGUGCACUGUGUUCUGGCUGGAACAGUUGGUAGACCGAUCCGUGCACUCGCUGAGGCAAUGUGAAUAUUCUGAAACCCAGGCGGGGUCUGGGAUCCCACAUCGGUUGGAGGUGUGGAAACCCUCUCUGAUUGAUGCAUUUUAAAACCUUGAGGAGAAGCCUGAAAGGAAAAGCUGAAAGAGAACAAUAUCUGCUAACGGUGGACUUGGAGACAAUAUCUGUCAACGAUGGGCUCGAACUUGGAGACAAUAUCUGUCAGCGGUGGGCUCGAACUGUUACACCAGGUCUAUUUCAAACCUCCUUGUUGAGUUGAGUUCACAAUCAAGCCAGUGCAAGUGAAAUCAUGUUCUCUUAGGUACUUGAGGCUGAGGCAGUGUAACAGCCCAAGUCCCCCGCGAACCGCCCAUCGGCGUGGUCUUGUUUGGGUUUUUCCUUUCGAGCUUCCCUAAAGGUUUUUAAAACGCAUUUGUUAGGGCAAGAUUUCCACGCCCUUGUAAGGAAUGCUUCGUCUCCCUCUCCAACCGACGUGGGAUCUCACAAUCCAUCCUAUUGGAGGGGCCAGCGUUCUUCAUUUCCUUCUCCAACUGAUGUGAGAUCUCACAAUCCACUCUCUUAGAGGCCUAACGUUCUUCAUUCUCCUCUCCAAUCGAUAUGGAAUCUCACACGCAGAGGCUCUCUUGAACGAGGAGAUGAGGCUGAGGAUUUUGCAAUAUGAUUUGCAUAUUCCUGAGGGAACUGUGAAAAGUGACAGAAAUUAAGAUGAGCGCCAUACUGGAACUAAGACACGGCUCGGACUUUCAUGGAAGUAGCUGUGGAGAAUCUUGGACAAUGAUCGAAAGCCCGAUCCAGCAAUAUUGCAUGAGUGAAGAAGAGCAAUAAGAGCAAUGCCGCUUGUAAAGCUCUUUCGUCGAGUGCACGAUCAUGAUAGGACUCGAGAAAGAAGCCCCGACUAGUGCCAGCAGACGCGAUACACCCAUCUCCUUCUUCCUCAUAACUUGGAGCUCCAUUUAAAGCUCAAACACAGAGAAAGAUAGAGACCAAAAAAUGGGCAUUCUUGACUCUGUCUCAGACUUAAUCUCUGAUUUUGUGACCAUUUCCAGACAAAGGAACAAAAAACCAUUGCAGACAGUGGAGAUCAAGGUCAAAAUGGACUGCGACGGCUGCGAGCGCCGAGUAAGAAACGCCGUCUCCAAAAUGAAAGGCGUGAAGACGGUGGAAAUAAACAGAAAACAGGGCAAAGUUACAGUGAUGGGGUUCGUGGAUGAGAACAGAGUGUUGAAGAAAGUGAGAAGAACGGGGAAAAUGGCGGAGCUAUGGCCGUAUGUGCCGUACAAUGUGGUGGCGUAUCCCUACGUGGCGCAGGCCUACGACAAAAGGGCGCCGGCGGGCUUCGUUAAAAACGCCGUUCAGGCAGUCCCAAGCCCUAAUGCCGUCGACGAGAAGCUCACCACCAUGUUUAGCGAUGACAAUCCUAACGGCUGCUUCGUUAUGUAAUUCAAACCAUUAUCCAACCUAUUUCUUUUUUUUUUUUACUUUUUACUUCGCUGUAGAAGUUAAUUUUUACUCCAAUACUUUUUACCC